AAAACAGACUCUUUCCCUAUCUUUAUGGACUUCAUAGUCACUCCAAGAAACUGGGCUCUUAAAACAAAUGUUCUGCUGUGCUACCUUAGAUAAGACACACAAUGUGCCUGAAUGUCACCUGACUAUCCAUUCACAGAAACAGCCAUCCUUUCAUUCAGUAAAUAUUUGCUGAGCUGCUACUGUGCCAGUUACUAAGCUAUGCUGGGGAUAUGGCAGUGAGCACAGACAGUGAGCAAGGCAGGCACAAGCCAUGCCUCGGAGCUUGAAUAUGCCAUUCCAAAGGCUGCCAGGGACUCCAGAAAUGGAGAGUUUAACACUCAACAGGAGGUGGCUGAUUCUUUACAAUGGGGGCAACCAUGAUGCCCUCAUAGGGCACAUUUGGUUUCCCACAGGUGGACUUUGAGGACUUCACAUGUUCUAGGCCUACACUUGGAUGCUAAGAAACAUUGGCAGAUGGGACAGAGCCAGUUCCUGCAUUCAGGGAUCUCAGGUUUUAGAGAAGAGCUGUAGAAGCAAUGGCAAGUGUCUUAUGUCUCCUUAGGGCUCCUGUUCACUGGGCUUUUACUUGCCAAUCCCUAAAGCUGUAGAUCUUUCCUCAGGUGUCAGCAGUAGAGGAAAGCACACCCACCCUUUUUCCAUUGGUGGAGAGUUUUUGGGGGGCUUCAUACAUGGACAGGAACCAGAUCCUUUCUAUGCUCAGACACCCAGAGAUUAACCAAAGGUCACUAGAAAAAAAUGUCACCAGUGCUGAUAAGAACACUUUUCUCUGAGGCACCUGGUUCCCUGGCCACCCACUGGGACUUUCCAGGGGAGGCCAAGGCCUCACAUCAGGGAAAGCCACACGUGUGGCUUUGAAGCAAGGGCUGCUGGGACAGUGUGUCUUAUGUUAAGAACUCUUAUCACACACAGGCACAUACAGAACGUGCAGGCCUCUUGCUGUUACUUAAGAACUGUGCAGAUGGCCCAGAGGCUAGUCUAGUGCUGUCCCAACUACAAUUAGUCUGUGGUCAGCUUGGGCUGAGUGACUCCAUACAGAACUGUCUGUGUUGUGACUCGGGAGCCGCAGAACCUGAAGAGACGGUCUGGGCCCAGUGAAACAAGAGCAGAAGCUGACAAAGGCUGAGGAAGGGGCAGAGGAGAAAUGUCGCAAUGACAUCUCUGCCCCUCUCACGUCUUUUCCUUUCUUGCUUUCUGUCUGCAUAAUGUACCCCGUAGCUAUUAAUUAAUGAAUAUUAAUUAGAUACCAGAUUAAAUGCUAGAUACCUUUAUGGUAAUGAGGAAACAGCAAAUUACCAAAGAGAGCCAUUUUGGUAAGCACGAGGCCUUGAAAUAAUAACCAUGAGAUGUGACAAGUGGUGACAACCCCUGGGGAGGGGGAAAGGCGAGGACAGCACGGUUGUGUGACAGGAGUGUUGGUUCACAGAGAAUGAUAGGGUACGCGCGCUCUGACGGGCAGAGGCUGAGAGAGUAAAGGAGUGAACCAGCCUGCUGGGGGCAGCUGGGGAAGAAGGUCAUAGGUGGCUGGAAUAGUAAGUGCAAAGGUCCUGAGGCAGAAACUUGUAUCUUUCCGUCAAGGCUGGCCGACACCUGGACAUUGGACACAUUACUCAUUAGAGAGGGCCUAGAAUAUACAUUCGCUUUUGUCCAUUUUUUUUUUAUUAAAGAUCAAAAGUGAAGAUCAAUAUCCAUGUCCUCAAAGCGCCUACAGACUUGACAGACUAGUUACCAGGCAAGUGAAUGUGAUUAGAGUUGUCCUGGCGGGACCUGGGGACAGAGCAGAGGACCAGACAGGAUGUGCAGAGGCGAUAAACAGGAAAAGGCUGAACAUGGAGUGAUCUAGGCAGGAGAAGGAUUGUGCAAUCAUCUGGGGAUGAGAAAGAGUUCACAGAAUCUGGCAUUGGCUGUAGCAGAGCUGGUACAGUGAAGUCAGAGCAGAAGUAGGAAGCAUAAACAGGGUCAGAUCCCUGGCGCAUGGAGUGCUGGGAGCAGAAGGUAACACAGGCUACAGAAAAAAAACAGCAGAAACAAAGGAGGCAAGAAUGAAAGCACAGAGAACCAGCGCUAAAAUCACCGUCUCACAAGAUGGCAACCCAAGUUUGGACUGAUGAAGUGAAAAUGAAGAAGAGCGGGUAGAGUCAAGAGGCACUGGAAAUAAAGAAAGAUGAGAUGUGGAGCUUCCUGGAAUUGAGGCCCGAGGAGGAAAGGAGAGAGUCGCAUUUCGUCUCCAGUUUGGAAGACCGGCACAAGUUCCUACUUCAGCACCAAUCAUGAAGAGCCACAUGAGUGGGGAGUGUCCAUAUAAAUGGAGCAGACAGCAGGUUAUGUUCCCACGCUGGGCAGAGGAGGAAGGAGGCUCUGAGUUUUUCCCUUAAGUUGCAUGGAGAGUCUGUAGGCUGCAGUGUGACCUGUCAGGCUCACUUUAUGGAAAGGAUGGUGGGCUGCAACUUGCUGUGGCUGGCUGUGGCCUCCUGCAUUCUGACACUGGCAUUUCCAUCUACAAUACAGCAAGGUUAUGGAAGCCCAAGAAACAGCAGCUCCAAAGGGCUGGACCUAGACUGUGGAUCCCCUGGCACUCCAGAGGCUGGUGUCUGUUUUGACCCCUGCCAGAAUUAUACCGUCCUGGAUGACCCCUCCAGAAGCAUAGAGAACACGGAGCAAGCACACCAGUGUGACGAUCAUUUGCAAGGCUGGUACCGCUUUGUGGGUGAAGGAGGAGUGAAGAUGCCAGAGGCCUGUGUGGAGAUAUACCGGUGCCAUACCUCUGCUCCCAUGUGGUUGGAUGGGCCUCACCCCAUCCUGGGAGAUGGCAUUGUCAGCCACACAGCCUGUGCCAACUGGAAUGAAAAUUGCUGCUUCUGGAGUACCGAGGUCCAGGUGAAGGCCUGCUCAGAAGAAUCAGGAAGUUAUCAUGUGUACAAGUUACAGGGCACCCCUGAAUGCAGCCUGAGAUACUGCACAGAACCCUCCCCUCCAGAACCCACGACGCCUGUACCCUCCCCUCCAGAACCCACGCUGCCACCCUCCCCUUCACCAGUGCUGUGUGAGAUCCUUUGCCGUAAUGAGGAGGAGUGUGUCCUGGAAGAUGACAAUUGGACCUGCGUCUGUAAUCAGGGCCUCAAUGUUUCUGAUACUCAGAGUUUGCAGCCCCAGCUGGACUGUGGACCUGAUGAGAUCAAGGUGAAGCUGGACAAGUGUUUGCUGGGAGGUCUGGGUUUCAAGGAGGAGAUUAUUGCCUACCUGAAUAACCGGAAUUGCAGCAGAAUCAUGCAAAAUGAGCCCAACAACUGGGUGUCCACAACCAGCCCUGUUGUGGCUAGUGACUGUGGGAACAUUCUGGAGAACAAUGGGACCCAUGCCAUCUACAGAAACACCCUCUCUUUGGCCACUGAUUUCAUCAUCAGGGACUUCAUCGUCAAUGUCAACUUCCAGUGUGCCUAUCCACUGGACAUGAAGAUCAGCCUCCAAACUGCACUCGAGCCUAUUGUAAGUUCCCUGAAUAUUGAUGUGGAUGGGGCAGGAGAGUUCACUGUCAGAAUGGCCCUCUUCCAAGACCAGAGCUACACACACCCUUAUGAAGGGGCCAAAGUGGUGCUUCCAGUGGAGUCUAUGCUCUACGUGGGUGCCAUCUUGGAGACAGGAGAUACCUCCAAGUUCAAGCUGUUGCUGAGGAACUGCUAUGCUACACCCACAGAAGAUAGGGAUGACCCCUUGAAGUACUUCAUCAUCAGAGACAGCUGCCCAAAUCAACGUGACUCUACUAUCCAUGUGGAGGAGAAUGGAGUGUCCUCGGAAAGUCGAUUCUCAGUACAGAUGUUCAUGUUUGCUGGAAAUUAUGAUAUAUUGUUCCUGCAUUGUGAGGUUUACCUGUGUGACCCCAUUAAGGAGCAGUGUGAACCAUCUUGUUCUACAAACCGGCUCCGCAGCAAUGGGCCAGGCAUCAACCUAGCCCAGGUUCUAGAUUUAGGACCCAUCACUAGGAGAGGUGCUCAGACUCUUGAUGCCUCAAGUGGGACUCCCAGCACUGCAGGGUUCUUGAUGGUCUGGCCCACGUUCUUCCUGCCUGUCUUCCUGACUUGGCUGUUCUGAGAGGCCAGCUGGGCAUCUGGCCUAGAAGCUCAUGUUCUUCCCUCUGGCCAUGGCUCAUAUCCACCCUUCAGUAGAGCUGGAUUCCUCUGUGUAUCAUGUGAACAACCCUGGUUCAAGGGUAGAUGGGGUUUGGAGAAAGGGAAGAGCAUUCUCCUUUACGUUCCUCUUUUCCUCGUGCUGAGGCCCUACCAGCUUGUCCUGUGCCAACUUCCUCACUCAUUAGUGAGGCUUGGAAAGAGAACCUAAACCCACUUGGUGCCUCUUUGUUAUUAGUCAUGAGUGGAAGUGCAAUGGGUAUUGAUAACUCCUGGAUAGAGGUGUUCUAUUAGUAGGUGGGAAAUCCAUGAUUCUUCCUAAAUGUCUCCUGUCCUGACAGCUGGUGAAUUGAAGCACAUUGACUCUUGCAUUCA